AUGGUCAACAAGUCCAUGAGCUGCGCGGUAAAAGCUGCCGGAAAUGCAGAUGCAAGACUACGUUCUGCUUCCGCGGAAGAGGCAGAGGACUUUUAUGCAGCAGGCUACAACCCGACUGCUUCUUCAUCUAGUCGGCCUGCUGCAGGCACUGCUGUAGGCUCACGUUGUCGCGCACCGCGUGACCUUGAAAAAUACGAGCUCGAGCACAUAUACUCAGGCGAGUCGGAUGAAGACGCCGACUAG